AUGAAGAAAAUUCAACAAUACAAGUUUGUUUUAAUUUCGUUAAUCUGUGUAGUAUUCAUAUUCUAUUCUUAUGAUUUUGAAUAUUUGGAAACUAUUGGUGAAUUAUUGAGCAUUGUAGCAGGUGAACCGAUAAACGCUUCAUUUCCGAUUACAUUCUAUCAAUCGGCAUAUGUUGAUUACCGAUUCGAUCCACCACGCCUCUGGAAUUCAAAAUUCGAAUAUUCGAACACACGUAAACCUUGUACCGAAGUCCAAACACCUUGUUCCGCUUUCUCUAACGAUCUUUCCGUACAUUAUCCGAUAAAAAAUCUACGUUUGGAAUAUUUGAAAAGAUCUUUUCCCCAUUCUCCAACAGACUCGCUUGUAGCCGGUGAACCUAUAAAUGCAUCAUUUCCGAUUACAUUCUAUCAAUCGGCAUAUGUUGAUCAUCGAUUUAAUCCACCACGUCUUCGAAUUUUCGCAGUAAACAAAUGUGUAAAGAAUAAUCAAUUUUUGGUGGCCGACCUACAUUUCAAUGGAAAUAAUUCUGCACCAGUUAGAAAAAAUAUUUAUGGGAUCCCUAUGGAAGGGGACUGUCCAUCGGCAUAUAUUCCAGCACAAUCGUGCGUUUUUAAUCCGUAUAUAUUUUCGAUUGGUUUGAGAACAAAUGAAGAUUUGAGAAAAGUUACCAUUCACUUAGGAAGUAGGAAAGUAGAACUGGAUGUUCAAAAGGUUCAUAAAAAAUCAACAGAAGGAAUUACGGUAUGUCUUCAACAACCAGUGUACUACUACUCUCAAUGGCAAAAUAUUGUACUGUACAUUGAAGCAUGGAGAGCUCAAGGAGCCACUCGUUUUAUUGUAUACUUUCAUUCAGCAACAAAAGAAACUUGGAAGACGUUGGAAUAUUACAGAGAUUUGGGAAUGAUUGAAAUUAAAUUCUGGCCCAGUUUCCCUAGUUUACCAGCUGGUAUUGCCGAUAACUACCCUAAAAUUGAUAAUAGCGUUUUUAUAAUAGCGGCUUAUUUGGCUAUGAAUAUCUGUAUUCUUGAUAUCAAAACUACUGUUGGAACUGUUGCCGAUUUUGAUGAAGUCAUGGUUCCAUCGAAUGGAAGACUUCUGGAUUAUGCGACCAAAGAAAUGGCGGGUACAAAAGUUGGAGCUCUCUCCUUUGAGAAUCACUACAUAUCAUUCACUCCAAGAAUCUAUACAUCUAAUUUUUCUGGAGUCGCAUCACCGAAAUUUAAGCUGCGCAGUGGGCCAACGAAGGUUACCAUUCACUUAGGCAGUAGAAAAGUAGAACUAGAUGUUCAAAAGAUUCAUAAGAAAACAACAGAAGGACUUACUGUAUGUGUUCUACCGGUACACUACUUCUCUCAAUGGCAAAACAUUGUACUGUAUAUUGAAGCAUGGAGAGCUCAAGGAGCCACUCAUUUUAUCAUAUACUUUCAUUCAGCAACCAACGAAACUUGGAAGACGUUGGAGUAUUAUAAAGACUUGGGAAUUGUUGAUAUAAAAUCCUGGCCUAGUUUCCCAGGAUUACCAGCUGACAUCGCUGAUAAAUAUCCAAGAAUUGAUGACAGCGCUUAUAUAUUCUCAUAUUUCCUGGCUAUUAACAUUUGUAUUCUCGACAUCAAAACGACAAUUGGAACUGUUGCUGAUUUCGAUGAGGUCAUGGUUCCAACAAAUGGAAGACUUCUGGAUUAUGCGACCAAAGAAAUGACGGGUACAAAAGUUGGAGCUCUCUCUUUCGAGAAUCACUACGUAUCAUUGACUCCAAGAAUCUAUACAUCUAACUUCUCUGGAGUGGCAUCACCGAAAUUUUGGGUUUUCAGGAGGCCACCAAAAUACGUUUUCAACGCAUCUGUUCUUGCUAUUGCACAAGUUCAUGUUCCCGAUACUUUCAUUGAUUCUUCCAUGAGAAACAAAUAUUCUCAAACAAUUUUCAAUGGUGUGGUUCCAAAGUUUUCUUCUGAAUACUACGACACUUUACAGAAAUGUAUCAAUAAAGUCCGGCCGGUGCAUGAUAAAGUGUGCCUAAGUACAGGUGGAGUAUGUAAAGCGGAAAUGGAUAAAGUGAAUGAUUGGGUUUAUGAUAAAUCUGAACCAAUAUUUCUGGUAGCAACUUAA